AUGUCUACCCGACCGACAUUAGCUUAUUGGGCGGCGAGGGGAACGGCACAACCCAUACGUUAUCUCCUAAAGUAUGCCGGAGUAGACUUUAAUGAUAAACGAUAUGACGGGGAUAAUAAAGAUUCCUGGUUCUCAGUUAAGCCUAACUUAGGUCUGGAGUUUCCAAACCUUCCCUAUUAUACCGAUGGAGACAUAAAACUGACCCAAAGUCUGGCGAUAUUGAGAUAUUUGGGUCGAAAGCACCGAUUGGUGGCCACCGAUGACCAGACACUCGCCCGACAAGACAUGGCUGAGCAACAGAUCGAAGACAUGAGAAUUGGUUUUAUGCUGAAUAUUGUUUAUACGGAUAACUCUGAGGCAAAAAUGGUUGACUACAUGACCGGUACUCUGAAAUCACAUUUGGAUCUAUUGGUGAAGUUCUUGGGGGACAAGCAGUGGCUAACGGGACAGUUGUCUUACGUGGACUUCAUGGCCUAUACAAUACUCGAGAUUAUUAAAAAGUUUUCAGCCGAGACAAUUGGUAAAUAUUCAACGAUUAGCCGGUAUGUGGAUCGUUUUGAAGCACUGGCACCUAUUAAAGCCUACCUGAGCUCAACUGAAUUCAAAUCGCUGCCACGUUUUGGGCAUAAAGUGAAAUGGGAAUAA